AUGGGUCGCAACCCGCUUACCAAUCCGCUGCACUAUGCGACCGCCGAGCGGAGUCUUGUCAGCUACGACUACGUGAUCAUUGGCGCUGGUGCGGCGGGCUGUGUCCUCGCCAACAAACUCUCCGAGGAUAAGAAUGUGUCGGUGUUGGUCCUUGAAGCCGGCGGUGACAACACGAAGGUCUUUGAAACAAAAGUGCCCAUCUUGUUCUCGAAACUCUUUCACUCAGAGCAUGAUUGGGACUACUACACGAUCGAGCAGCCGGAGCUCGCCAACCGGCAGCUGUAUUGGCCCCGCGGAAAAAUCCUCGGAGGCUCGAGCUCGCUGAACGCAAUGAUGUACCAUCACUGUUCUAAGUCUGAUUACGAUGAAUGGGCCUCGGUUCAUGGCUGUGAUGGAUGGAGCUACGACAAAUUGGCUCCCUACCUCCGAGACAUGGAGCGAUUUACCGCGAAUCCCGGUCGCCCGGCGAUCGAUUUCCAGCACCGUGGCAGCUCCGGGCAAUGGCAGACGGGUUAUUCAUGGCUCUCAGAAAUUGUAGAACAUGGCUUCCUUCCCGCCUGUCAUGAUGCUCAGAUCCCAGCCAUCGCGGACGUUAACACCCACCAAGGCAGCCUGGGUGUGACCAGAUUCCAGACUUUUGUCGAUCCCAAGGGUCAGCGUUCGUCACUUGCCACAGCUUUUUUGACCCCGCAGGUGUUAGCGCGACCAAAUCUAUAUGUCGCAUGUAAGGCCCGUGUUACUCGUGUGUUAUUUGAUACGAUCACAGGCGAGAAGAAAACAGCAAUCGGCGUGGAGUUCCAGACUUCCCAGGGGGGUGAGCGCUUCCAGGUUCAUGCGCGAAACGAAGUUAUACUCUCUGGAGGAGCUGUAAAUACUCCGCAGACUCUGCUCCUCAGUGGUAUUGGUCCGGCCGAUGAACUGAAGGCCCAUGGAAUUCCCGUCGUCCAAGAGAACAAUGCGGUCGGUCGCAACCUUAAGGAUCAUCUCUGCACGACGCCGAUAAUAGGCAAGGCAAAGAACGGCACUACCCUGGAUUAUCUAGGGAGUUAUCUCAAAGCCAUUCCAGCACUAGCGCGUUGGCUUCUCACAGGUGGUGGCCCACUGUCUAGCAACGUUGGUGAGGCGGCUGCCUUCAUCAAGUCUACGGAUUACAACUUCUCUCAAACCGUGAAUGCUCCUAAUUCUUAUACGUCUGGUGAUAAUUCGCCGGAUAUAGAGAUCAUCGGUGCUCCGCUUGCAUUUAUUCAUCAUGGCGAGGAGAAGCCCUUGGGUGGAAGCAAUGUGUUCUCUAUCGUCCCGAUCGGUCUUCGUCCGCAAAGCCACGGCACAGUUACAUUGAAGAGCAGAGACGCAUUUGAUGCGCCAAUCAUCGACCCGAAAUAUUUGAGCGACGAGGGAAGCAACGACCGAAAUGUCCUCCUCGUUGGGCUUCGCGUGUGUCUCCAAAUCAUCAAAAGCCCAGCUUUCAAAAAGUAUCUUGAGCCGGUUCCUGUAAAUGAUGAUCCGACCUCGUACUGGUGGCCCUACUCAAGCAGCAAUAUCGAUGCGAUCACCGACGAGCAACUCCUGCGGUUUAUGGAUGAAAAGGCCUUUACAUUGUAUCAUCCCGUCGGCUCGGCACGCAUGGGCCCUUCACCCACUUCAAGUGUCGUGGACCUUGAGGGCAGGGUUCAUGGGGUCAACGGUCUUCGUGUCAUGGAUGCUAGUGUGUUCCCGGAACAGAUAAGUGGACACCCUACCGCGCCCAUUGCGGCCAUGGCUGCUAAGCUCAGUGAAAUGAUCAAGGGAGGCAGUGUCAUGCCUAAACCCUUCGUCGCAAACUUGUAA